CAGGGCUUCGGCUGGACUGAACUCUGCUUCAAACUCUGAAAUCGACAGUGCUCUGACAGGCAGACAGAGGACAGAAGGGUACAGUAUCACAGAAGAGGAAGGAAACAGAGUGAUUUUGUUAAGAAGUGAAAGAAAGCUAAAAAGAGACACCAAAAAGGAGAUAAUAGAGUGAUAAAGAGAGCAGGAAAAUAAGGUGCUGUGUGCUGAUACUGACCACCCACCGACCACCUAGUAAUUCAUCUCCACCUGUCAGUUGUCCCUUCUUAUAAAACCCAAGUCAAUGAGUCAGUAAUCUGUCCUCCUGUCCAUCUAUUCCUUUAAUCUGUCAGUCAGUCAGUACUCGGUUGAGGAAGAAAGUGCCAUAAAGUGAGUCUGUCCAUGAAAACCUUAAAAACACACAUAAAAAUACAUUAAACCCUCUGUCAGACAGAGUGUCAGUCGACCUUUUACGACUAUUAGCCUGUGCGUUAGGGAUCACUGUUAACUGUAACUAAUAUAGAGAGCCACUUAAACUAGCCUAAAUCAUGGCCCCCAAGAAGAAAUCACCUCGGCCCAAGAAGGCAACCCCAGAGCCAGUGCAGGUGGAAAGUGGGGUGGUGAUGCCUGAGCCAGGAGUUAAGAAAUUAGAAUUACCUUUAAAUGUUGAGCAGCUGAACCGGCUCAAUGGGAUUCCCCUUCCACCCCCUGUAAUACGCCCUGGGGAGAGAGGCUUUGGCCUGGGGGGUGAGCUGACUCGGCCCCUGCAUGGAUCAGCUCUGCUGGAGGAGUUGAGCCGCAUGAGGCAGGAGCGCUUCCUCACUGACCUGGAGCUGGCCUGUAAGACCAAGUCCUUUGAUGUCCACAAGCUGGUCAUGUCCUCUGUCAGCCAGUAUUUGCGUGAGGUGCUGGCCAAGGAUUCAGGCCUCAAGCGCCUGGAGCUGCCUACCCUCUCACCCCUAGGUCUAGCCAAUGUGAUCACUUUUGCUUAUCUGGGCCGUGUGCACAUGUCCCUGUACACUAUUGGUUGUACAGUGUCUGCGGCCAGCACCCUGCAAAUUCCACAUCUCCUGCAGAUGUGCAUGGACUUCCUGAUGUCGGAGCUGAACGUGCACACCUGUGUGUAUGUGUGGAACAUCGGCACAGCCUAUGGCCUGGGCCCGGUGCGGGACGCUGCCCGCCGCUUUGUGCUGGAGAACUUUGCCCAGUUCUCUGAGACGCCUCAGUUCACUCAGCUCACAUUGGAACAGAUCGUUGCUUUCCUGCAGGAUGACAACCUUAUCCUGCCCUCUGAGGUCACCACCUUCCAGUUGGCUAUGAAGUGGCUGGAUUUUGACCCAACUAGACAGGCGCAUGCUUCUGAGCUGCUGUCUCACGUACGCUUUGAGACCAUCCCUGCCAGUGAGCUUGUCAGUGAGAUCCAGCCUGUUGCCCGCAUGAUGCAGGACCCUCAGUGUCACCGUCUAUUGGUGGAUGCCAUGAACUAUCAUUUGCUACCAUACCAGCAGAAUACUCUACAGUCCCGCCGCACCAAGGUCCGUGGCAGCCAAACCACCCUGCUCACCAUCGGAGGGCGCCCCUCCCUCACUGAGCGGGCCCUGAGCAGAGAGGUGCUAUGGAGAGACCCUCGUGAAGGAGCUGCCACAUGGCGCCAUCUUUCCCAGCUUCCUGCUAAAAGCUUCAACCAGUGUGUCGCUGUGAUGGAUGGUUUCCUAUAUGUGGCAGGUGGAGAGGACCAGAAUGAUGCCAGAAACCAGGCCAAACAUGCUGUCAGCACUCUCUGCAGAUACGACCCCCGCUUUAAUACCUGGCUGCACCUGAGCAGCAUGCGCCAGCGCCGCACCCACUUCAGCCUGGUGGCUACUGGAGGGCGCCUCGUUGCCAUAGGCGGCCGGAACACUGAUGGACUGCUGGCGACUAUCGAGUGCUAUCUUCCAUCUUCCAACAGCUGGCAACUACGUGCUCCCAUGGAAAUGCCGCGCUGCUGCCAUGCCAGCACCGUGCUGCCGUCAGGCGACGUCCUGGUGACCGGAGGCUACAUCAACUGUGCCUACUCCCGUUCUGUGGCUUGCUACAGCCUGGAGAGUGACAUCUGGAGUGAGCGGGCGCAGCUGGAGACGCCCCGUGGGUGGCACUGCUCGGCCACGCUGGGUGGUAAGGUGUACGUGGUGGGUGGUAGCCAGCUGGGCCCAGGAGGAGAGCGUGUGGAUGUGCUGACCACUGAGGUGUUCUGCCCAGAGAGCGGUCAGUGGAGCAGGGCCUCCUCCCUUCCUCUGGGAGUGAGCACUGGUGGCCUGUCCCCAUUGGGUGACCAUCUAUACCUCUUGGGUGGCUGGAAUGAAGCAGAAAAGCGCUACAAGGCGGCAGUUCAGCGCUAUGAUCCAGGCACAGACACCUGGUCCAUUGCAGAAGACCUGCCUGAGCCCACGGUGGGCGUGUCCUGUUGUGCCCUGGCCCUGCCCCCGCGCCACACUUCUCGCAGGCACCGCAACACCCCCAACCAUGAAGAGUAAGGCAGCAUGACUGCAUGAGAGAAGAAAGAAGCAGAGGAAGAGAAAGAAGAAGAGAGUGAUUAGUAGAGAGGAGAGUGGAAAUAGAGGAAAAGUACUAACAGCUACUAGUCAGUGAGGGUUAAAAGAAGAGAAAGAAGUAGAUGGUGGAGCGGAACCGUUUUUGGCUCCUUUACUGCAAAGAUAUCAUUAUGUACCAAGGUAUCAAGGGAGUUUAGUGUUACAGGGCCCACUUAUUCACAAUGUGAAAAUGACUAGGAAGUAUGUGCUUCCACAGCAUGUAUGGGAGGUUUUUGAGCCAGUGAGACAGAGAGCAUGCCUGUGCUUGUGUGUCCUGUUAAUGUUUGUAUGCCUGAAUGUUAGAAUGAAUGAGUUUUAGAAAUUGAGCCAUACAGACCUUUGCAAAAUAUCUUACCAAUUACAACUACACAAAGGGUACAGUACAAUGAAACCAUCACUUAAUCUCUGCCUAUUUAUUACACUACAUAUUUAUUGUGUGCUACAUAUUUAUCAAGGGAUAUUUCUCAAAGUAGUUUAGCUCAAUGACUAAAAAGAACAUAAAUGUAUUAAUACUGAAACAUUUAUAUACAAUGUACAUGCAACACUAAGGGCACUGAUUUGAGUUGGGUGGAGAGUGUUCCACUGAAGGCACAUGUGAGGAGUACACAACACCGUAAUCUUUACCAUUAAAUAGAACAUAUUGUGGGGUCCAAAUGUCUGGGAUAUUUUUUGUCUAACCUGGAAAUAAAAAGAAAGUUCUAGUAAUUUGAAACAUUUUCAACAAAGAAACUAUGGCACGUAAAUGAAGAAGAAAUCUAAGAUAUCUAGGUCAUUAUUCAAAUGUAAAGUUGCACUAUAUAAGAUGUGGGGAUCUGAACGAAACAUGCAGAAGAAUGGGUUGUGCUUCAGUCCCCAACAAGUGGCUGAAUCUUAUUUUUGCGAACACGUUGAAAGAGUAUUCAGAGAGAACUCAGUUAAACCUUGGUGAAGAAAGCAUCUUCCAAAGAUGUGAGUGAAUUAUCUACUUCUGUCGUCAUAUGUUCAUUAGUAUGUUGAUAUUGCGUUUGAGACCUGAUCUUCGAGUCAGACCUUGUUUUUGAGUCUGUGACAUUAAUACGUAAAGACGUAUAAUGUGGUCUAAAAACUCCCCCAAAAUCUGGUCAGGUAAAUUUGAUUUACUCAUGACUGCAUAAACUUGUAGGGUCCAUGCCAGCUCGAAUGCGCACUCUCAUUAAAGCAAAACAGAAUCAUUUCCACAAGAAGUCUUUUGGGCCCCACUGUAUGAGGCUGAUUUUUUCUGAUCUUCUUUUAGGUUCGAGAACAAAAAUGUAGCAGUACUGUCAUUAUUUGGCCUACACUCUUAAAAAGGUUCCUCAAGGGUUCUUUAGUAAGGGCAGUGGUUCUGUGUAUAACCACGAGUUCUGAAUCACAUCAUGCUUAAAUGGUUCUCUUCAUGAUAAAACGGUUAUUCAGAUUGACGGAUAAUGUGUUGCUCUUUUUGAAAAUGGUUUUACAACACCAGAUAUGGUUCUGCUAUUUUUAUGAUAUCAGGCUUGAAAAAAUAGAAGAACCCUUUUGGUGCUAUUUAGAAAAUACAUAGAACGUAAAUGGAAGCUUUGCCUUUACUAAAGCACCCUUGAAUAACUAUUUAAAGUGUGUAUAUUAAAAUGUGGACACUUGGUUUAACAUCAUCCAAGGUCACAUUUUCUUCUUAUGUUUGGAUAAAAAGAUCAUGACGGGUAUUCCCAGCUUUCCUGUCUGCUCACCUGCGUCUGUAUGGAUGUCAUCCUCUGCUGACUUCAUGCUGUUGUUCAUGUGGAACCCUUUUCCUAAAAAAUCUUCCUAAGAGAGCCAGUAAACAUCCUAGAGAGAGAAACCUGUUCAUGGCAGAGAGAAAUAUAAAAUGUGAAACAUUUUAGUAAAGAAAAGGAAUCUGCUGUCUAUAAUAAAUCUAAUGGCGUUUCAAUGUGAUGCCGCCUGUAUAGAGUAAAGGGUCACCAGCUGAUAAUAAGACUUUGUAAAUUCAGGAGUUGAAUGGCGAGGUAUGUAGGUGUUGCAAGUGGCAGAUGAUGCAAAGGAUACCAGGUCUCUAGGAUUUCACUGAAUAAAGCCAAAUUUAUCAAAGCAAAA